AAACUUUUGUAAUAUUACAAUUUCCAAAUGUCUGCUGCAAAUGGGACCUGAGAUUUCCCUUGUUUUGUUGAUUGCAUUCUCUCCGUCACUUUGUGAAUGAGGAAGAGACAGCCUUUCUCAGCCAAUUGCUCGAUAUGAUGCGAUCAGUCUGUUCAGCAGCUUGGUGACAUGUUCACGCGACCUUUCCUUACAGCUGCUAUCUCGGAAAUAACCUAAUUUCCAUCAGCAGGUAGAAUAAGGGCCAAGGCCAUUGUCGGCUGCCGAUAUACAGCCUUCAGCACACUAUAAAAACACAAUGCCUGUCAGUUAGACGUUGCCGCUCAUCAGCUUCAGCCUUCCACCAAGACUCCUGUAGUUUUCUUGGAAACAAACUGGAACUUGUGUUUCGAGAUAGUAAUAACUGCCGAUGCUGGAGUCAGAAAUAACACCGUGUGGAGCUGGAGGAACACAGCAGGCCAGGAGAGAGUUCCACACUUCCAGCACCACUUGUGUGAAGAAAUGCUUCUGAAAUUGACACUGAUUUUAAGCUAACAAUCAUACAGUAAUUUAUACAAUGGCUGGAGAGGAAUAUGCUUCAAUGAUGGAGGAGGGCAGUGUGGAGGAGAUGGACACAUCUGAUACACCGUGGAACUGGUACUAUUUGGGUGAAUGUGGAAAAUGGCACAUUUUUGAGAGGGACCCAAAUAUUUCAUGUUCUGUGAGCAGCGAAGAUAUUGAAAUGAUGUACAGAAUGAAUCCACAAGGUGUUAUUUCUUUUUCCACUGCAAAAUUCAACUACACGUUAGAUUUCCAAGCAAUGAAACAAACCAAUAAAGAAACAGGGAAACAACGACCAGUGAAACGUGCAGCCUUCUGUGUCACUGCUUUCAGUUUCAUUUGUGGAAAUGAAGAUAUUCCCAUUCCUUUACAUUGGGAUAAUAUAGAACGAGACAAACCUUUUCAGCUCAACCCAUUGCACAAAGCUUCAAAUGAAUACACGGAAGUCGCAAAACUUUUUGGCCAGUCAAUGGAUCAAAAUCGAAUCAAGAAAAUUCAAAGAAUUCAGAAUCUAGACUUAUGGGAAUUCUAUUGCAGGAAAAAAAUUCACUUGAAAAAGAUGAGAAAUGGGAUAGAGCUGAAUGAGAGAAUGCUCUUUCAUGGCACAGGCAAUGAAUUUGUCGAAGCAAUAUGUUUGCAAAAUUUUGACUGGAGAAUAAAUGGAUUGCAUGCUACAGUCUAUGGAAAAGGGACUUAUUUUGCCCGUGACGCCUCGUACUCCAGCCGUUACUGCCGCACCACCGAAAUGAAUGAGCCGUUCUUGCAGACACUAUCCUUAUCUGCACCACAUCGCUGGCGAUCGGAUUUUAAGACAAUGUUCCUCGCCCGGGUUCUUGUGGGUGACUAUACCACUGGAGAUCCCAAAUAUAUUCGGCCUCCUUCAAAGGAUGGAAGUCUGGUGAACUUGUAUGACAGCUGUGUCGACAAUACAGAGAACCCAAAGAUUUUUGUUAUAUUUGACUCUAACCAUAUUUAUCCAGAAUACCUAAUUGAAUUUACGUAAUUGCAAAUUAAGCAAUUCUUGCUCGAAGAAGCGGGGAAUAUAAAUAAAACUAAAUCAAUUAAAUUA